AAAGCGAACUGUAGAGUUUUCGGUUGUAGCAUUGUUUUCAGAAAAUCAAUUUGGCGAGUUUAGGCUUUUCUGGCUACUGAUGUUUUUCGUUAUUCCCCUCCUCUCCUUGUUUGUUAUAGUAACCUUAAAGAUUAAUCCUUUCGCUAACGUAUUUUUCUAGAUAUUCGCAGAAAGUUUCAAUUCGUAUUUAUGAAAUAUUCGCUCUUAUGUACUUCAUGUUUCGGUAUCUAUUAUUUACUAGUACUUAGAGGAUUUCAUCUGUGGACAGUUUAUCUAUUAACUGUCUGAGGUGAUGUAAUUAUCUUGAAGCUAGUACUCAGAAUAGGAUUUCGGAUUUCUCGUAUUCAUUAAUAGAUUUUGUUAACCGAUGCAAUAACAUGCCACCAAAAGGGAGAGGAAGAGGACGAGGCGUACCAAGGUAUGAUCAGGGAGACCCAAAGCAACCUGGCGACCAACCAAAGCAACCUCAAGGAAAAGGACUUCCUCUAGAACAGCCAAAGCCUAAACCCAAAGAACAUCAAAUCAGCCCAGAAGAUUUUGGAUUUCAAUAUAAAUGUCCUGUUACUCAACCACUGCCUCCUAAACCUAAACCUGGAGAAUUAGGACAAAAAAUCAGAUUGAUUUCAAAUUGUUUUCCUCUUACUAUACCUAGCGGAAAUGUUUAUCAUUAUGAUAUUGAAAUAAUCAGUAAAGGGCGUAGCAUGACUACAAAACCUGCCCUUAAAGAACAGGAGAAUAUUGAGAAGAAAAAAGAAAACGAUGGUAAAUACAGAUGCAUGAGCACUAAACGAAAUAGAGAAAUCAUUAAUGUCAUGUUGGAAGUGAAUGACAAUUUCAGAGGUCGACAUGCAGCUUAUGAUGGAAAAAAAAAUUUAUACACUAGAACACCUUUGAGGAUUGAUGGACCAUUGAAAUGUGAAGUUGUAAUGCCCGAUGAAAAUUCUAGUGAUUCAAAUCAUAAACCAGAUGUAUUUGAAGUCAUCAUCAAACCAGUACAAAAAAAAGAAUCCAAUGAUUGUUCAGUUAGUCUUGAUCCUCUGCAUGCUUUGUUUCAAGGCCGGGUAAAAUCUGUUCCCCAAGAAGCUGUAAUGGCCCUAGAAACAGUUCUUCGUCAUGGGCCAUGCUUACGUUACUUUCCUGUUGGCCGAUCAUUUUUUUAUCCUCCUGAUCCACGAGAUGUGCACCCUCUUGGUGGGGGGAAAGAAAUAUGGUUUGGUUACCAUCAAAGUUUACGUCUUGGACAAUGGAAACCAUUGGUAAACUUGGAUGUAACUGCUACAACAUUCUAUGAAAAAGGACCACUUAUGAAAUAUGUUAAAGACAUCAUAAGUGUCGAUAUAAACAAUUGUAUGCCUCUUCCAGAUUCUGAUAUAAGAAGAUUGAGUAAAGAGCUUAAAAAUAUGCGAAUAGAGACAACUCACUUAAAGAAUUACAGAAGAAAGUAUCGCAUAUUAAAAUUUACAAGAGAUGCUGCUAAUAAAUUACACUUUGAACUUAAGGAAAAGGGUAUGACUGUUACGUGUACUGUAGCUGAUUAUUUUGCUAAACAGUAUAAUAAACCCUUGCGAUAUCCUCAUUUGCCUUGCGUACAAGCUAAUCCAGAGGCCAAAAAAGUCUAUCUGCCUAUUGAGGUAUGUGAGAUGGUAGAAGGGCAACAUUGUAAGAAAAAAUUAGAAGAUAAACAAAAUGCUGAAAUGAUUAAGUUUACUGCUCGUCCGCCUAAGACAAGAUUCAGUGAAAUACAAGAUAUUUUGCAUAAAGCAAAAUUUAAUCGAGAUCCGUAUCUGCAAGAGUUUGGCAUGAGUGUAGCUUCUCGCUCUUUAUCCUUAACUGGAAGAGUCCUUGAGGCCCCUAAUGUGCGUUAUCAAAAUGAAACCUCUGUUAAACCUAAUAAUGGUUCUUGGGAUAUGAGAGACAAGCAAUAUUUUCGAGGAGCUGAAAUCAAUUCUUGGGUCUUAUUUAGUUUUUCUAAUCCACGGUGGUGUAGAAUGGAUUGCUUGGAGCGUUUUGCAAAAUUGCUGGUCAAUAUUGCCCAUGAGCAGGGUAUCAGAAUAAAUCGUCCUGCUGUGAUUGAUAUUGUGGACAUGCGUCGUCAAGCUAUUCAAAACAUUUUAAAAGAUGCUCAGAAAAGAUUCCAAGCAGAGUUAGCAGUUAUUGUUGUUCCAGGUAAUAAUAAAACAAUUUACGGAGAAGUGAAGCAGGCAGCAGAAACAAUGCUUGGUCUUGUAACACAAUGUAUAAGAGAUGAAAAUGUCUCCAAUCCCAAGAAGUGUUCUCCUCCCCUUGUAAGUAACCUUUGCCAGAAAAUCAAUGCUAAAAUGGGCGGUGUAAAUAAUUCUUUGACACCAGGGGAAACUCCACCUAUUUUAAGGAGACCAAUAAUUAUUAUAGGAGCUGAUGUCACUCAUCCUAGUCCUUCUCAAGAUAUUAAGCCAUCGAUAGCAGCUGCUGUUGGCAGUCUUGAUUCUCAUCCGUCUCGUUAUGCUGUUACUAUAAGAGCACAAACAAAUAUGGAUGAAAAGAAACAAGCUGUUGAAAUAAUUCAAGAUUUAACAUCUAUGAUUUUAGACUUAUUGAAGGCAUUUUAUAGAAACACUAAAGGGAAGAAACCAGAAAAAAUAAUAUUUUUUCGUGAUGGUGUUAGUGAAGGGCAGUUUGAUAAAGUAAGAGAUCAUGAAGUUAAAUGCAUAAGAGAAGCUUGUAGCACUUUAGAAGCAGAUUAUCAGCCUGGGAUUACAUUCAUUGUUGUACAAAAGCGUCACCAUACUAGAUUCAUGCCAGAAGAUCCCAGAAGAGGAGCUGGAAAAAUGCAAAAUAUUCCUCCAGGAACAACAGUUGAUACUGAAGUUGUUCAUCCUUUGAAUUUUGACUUUUAUCUUUGCAGUCAUUAUGGAUUACAAGGUACAAGUAGACCUUGCCAUUAUACUGUCAUUGAAGAUGACAAUGACUUCACAGCUGAUGAUUUACAAAAAUUAACAUAUUAUUUGUGUCACACUUAUGUGCGUUGCACUAAGAGUAUUUCCUGUCCUGCACCUGUCAUGUAUGCUCACUUAGCUGCAUUUCGGUCUAGACAGCAUCUUCUGACAAAAAUGGAUGAAUCAAGUUCUGGCAGUGAUACUUCAUCAACAUUUGAGUUUCAUCCUAUUCCUGAUUCUGUGAUGAAGGCUAUCAAAGUUGUCGAUGGAUUGAAGAAUACCAUGUACUUUGUUUAAGUUUACCAUAUGAUGAAAUGUGUUUUUUUUUUUUUUUUUUUUUCUGUAGCAUUGUCUUUAUAUAUAGCCACUUUUUAAAAAAUUGUUUGAAGCUGUAACAAAUAUUAAAUCACCAUAUUUCAAAAAUGUGGAUUAAUUCAAAAUUUAAUUAUUUGUUCUAAUAAAUAAUUUAAACUAAAAAUAAAGCUGAUUUCAGUAAUAAAAAGAUAGCUUUUUGAAGAAUUAAGUCACUUUCUGUUUAAACUGGACAUAGAAUAUUAGAAUUGUCAUGUGCCAAUUUUGUCCAGUGUUUUCCUAAUAUUAACUAAUGUUCUAGGUUUUCAUGAAUGGGUACUAGAAUGUUACUGAAAUUAAGAAAAUCUGGCUAUUUUAAUAAAUAGCAUUUCAAAUUAAUUGUAUACUGAAAAUUAUGUAUGAAUGCAAUGAUGUAUAAUAAAUGUUUCAAUUCAUCCUAAUUCUAUAAGACCUGGGUGGGAGAUGUCACCUUUAACACUGGAAGGUUGUAAGUUCAGAGCUAAGUGUGGAGAAUACGUUUGCCUCUCCUCUUCCCUUGUAGGUAUUAUCCAAAUUAUUAGAUUAGUCUCUAAAUAGCCCUUGUGUUGCUUCUGCACAAAAAGAUAACAUACUGAACAUUGUAAAAAGAGCACCAAGAAUUAAUUUUCAUUUAAAGUAUCUAGUUGCAACUUAAAGAAAUUAAUUGUCAGUGUGUCAAAUAAAAGUGUUUCCCCCCCUCCCAAAUUCACCAAUUAUUUUAAAGACUAUUAAAGAUCUAAUUUAUUAGAAUAAUGAUUCUUCACAAAGCCUUUCUCUAAUGUGACAACUUGAGUUGUACCUCUCUGUAGUUAGAGCUGCCUAUUUUUGAUGACAAAAAAUUGAAAAUCCUUUUAAAUUGCAUGUUUUAUUAGUUUAUUGAAUGUUUUUGUCUGAAAGAUUUGUAUAUUGAAAAUGUUAUUAUUUAUGCUUAUUGAAGCAUUUAUUAUUAUUAUUUUGCUAGUAUUUUAGAUAUAAUGUGUUAAAUAUUGUAUUGUGAAACGUGUUUUAAAUUCAAAAGCCAUGUCUUUAUGAUUGUAAAUGAUAAUUGGUCUGAAAAUGUUCUUCUGGUCUUUUUUCUUUUUUUUUAAUUCUUAAAAGGAAGUUUUGUGAAUUUUAAUUGUUAGUGUGUCAAAUAAAAGUGUUUCCCCCUUCCCAAAUUCACCAAUUAUUUUAAAGACAAUUCAAGAUCUAAUUUAUUAGAAUAAUGAUUCUUCACAAAGCCUUUCUCUAAUGUGACAACUUGAGUUGUGCCUCUCUGUAGUUAGAGCUGCCUAUUUUUGAUGACAAAAAAUUGAAAAUCCUUUUAAAUUGCAUGUUUUAUUAGUUUAUUGAAUGUUUUUGUCUGAAAGUUUUGUAUAUUGAAAAUGUUAUUUAUGCUUAUUGAAGCAUUUAUUUUUAUUAUUUUACUAGUAUUUUAGAUAUAAUGUGUUAAAUAUUGUAUUGUGAAACAUGUUUUAAAUUCAAAAGCCAUGUCUUUGUGAUUGUAAAUGAUAGUUAGUCUGAAAAUGUUUUUUUUUUUUUUUUGUAAUUCUUAAAAGGAAGUUUUGCGAAUUUUUAUGUAAUAAGCUGCGAUCGAGAUGUGACAAUUCUUUUAGAUUAAAUUUAAAAAAAAAAUAACUAUUUUUUUCAUGAUAGAUUUUAUAUUGGCUACAUUUCAGUAACAAAAAAAAAAAAAAA